GUCAGCACUGUAUCUCACCUUUUUUGUGUUGUAUAUAUACAUCAGAUCACAUCUAAUUUCUCUUCAAUACAGCAACAAUUUAUACACAUAUUCCAUAGCUAAGAAUUAACAGAGAAGAACAGCAUGAGUUUCACAGAAGAGCAGGAAGCUUUGGUGGUCAAGUCUUGGGAAUCAAUGAAGAAGGACGCCGGAGAUUGGAGUCUCAAAUUGUUCUUGAAGAUAUUUGAAAUUGCACCAUCAACUAAGGAGUUGUUCUCUUUUCUGAGGGAUGCCGGAGAUGUCCCACUAGAUCAAAAUGCAAAACUUAAAGCCCACGCCAAAACUGUCUUCGUUAUGACAUGUGAAGCAGCGGUGAAGCUGAGAAAAGAGGGAAAAGUAGUGGUAAGGGAAUCCACCUUAAGAAGGUUAGGGGACACUCAUUUCAAGUAUGGCAUUGUGGAUGCACAUUUUGAGGUGACUAGGUAUGCAUUACUGGAAACCAUAAAAACUGCCAUACCAGAAAUGUGGUCUGCAGAAAUGAGUGAUGCAUGGGGCGUGGCAUAUGACCACUUAGUUGAGGCUAUCAAGGCUGAGAUGAAACCUUGAUUUACUAAAUAAUAUUUUUGAAGGAUGUCUACUUGUGGCUUCAUUAUAAAGACUAAUACUAUUAGUAUCUUCAUCAUAACAAUGCAUGAGAGCGUAGUAACUAAAAUAUUUCUAUUUACUUUUACAUAUAUGUAUGAUGGUUUAUAUCACUAUCUUCUACCGCUAAAAUUAUUAUCAAAUGCAAUUUGAGUUUGACUUUCAUCUGUGUUUUACAUCACAAACUUGACUUUCAAAUGUUCUUAAAUAGUGGAUUUGAAUAAAACAUUAUCUUAAGUUGCAUGAUAUUUGUUCUAGAGUGUUGAGUGUCGGUAUUUCAUGCUUGUAAUUUUGUGUUGCUGGGAGCGCCCCUCAUAAAUUUGAUUAUUCAAAUAUUAGAUACCGGUGGUCAAACACGACUUUAAUCACAAAAACACGGGAUUGGCAAGGAAAUUUGGCACGGAUUACCGAUUUUUCGUGCCAAAUAGCUCGUACCAAAGUUUUUUGGCACGGAUUUGGCAUAAUCUCUGCCAAAAUCCAUGUCAAUCCCGUGUAUUUUUGGUAGUGAAUAUAUGAUCAAUGAUAAUCUUAUUGAAAAGUAUGUGGUCAUGCAAAUGCAUAUUUUUUUUAAAUAAGUUUUAAAGUGUGUUUUGAGUAAUAGAAGUAUUGGUGGGAAUAAAGAGUGUAAGAGUUGGGCACUACAAAAUAUUUUUAUGUUGAAUGUCGUCAACAAAUCAAAGGCUUAAACCCGAAAAGUUGGGUAAGUUGUACUAUGCGACUUUUGAUUAAGUAAAAUAGUAUUAGUUGAGUUAAGAAUAUGAAACCGGUAAGAAGGUCCCAGCUAUGAUGUUAGAUAUUCUUUUGAAAGAUAUCGUGUAGAUUUCUUGAACAAUUUAUUAUUUGCAAUUGAUAUCUAAAGAGCAUAAUAAAGAGGCUGUGUGAAAAAAAAGGAUUCCGAGUUAGAAUUUAUGCUUCUUUGUUUAGUCUAAGUUAGUCUUAUAUACAACCCCAUAUAAUUUAUUACCA